AUGGGACGACCAAAGCCCCAUAAUUUCAGAAUCAAUCAACUAUUGUCCUCUGUUGAAGGGCUGGCGUACGAUUUCGAAGGGCCCACUGCUAAUUAUCUGCUUGACGCAUCGCAUUUGUACGAUCAGAAAGUGUAUGAAAAUGUGCAUGCCAUUGCAAAGGAAUGGAAAUUGGUGGAUAAAAGUGAAGCCCUGCCUUACCUGCCCACACGAACAGAUCCUUUAAAAGUGACAUUAGGCAUAGACGAGAAAAAGACAACUAGUAUAUCCAACGGCGAAUCACUCAAACUAGAUGAACGCUUUAAAUACAAAAAGGGCUAUGUGAUCAACACUGGAGGAAGCAUAUGGGGACUGGAUUUUGCACCUAAAUCACAUAAUGAUUCAGAUCCAAUUACACAAUACCUUGCCGUUGCUGGAUAUAAAGGUGCUGUGUCAGAGCAUCAUGAGCUGAAUGAGAUACAAAUGGCAGGAGAAUACAAGAAUACUAUACAGAUCUGGAAACUGAAAUUGUCGACCAAGCAACCGUCAGAGGACCCUAUUUUAGAUGUGUGUUUAUUGCAUGAUUUUGGUGUCAUUCAUGAUUUGAAAUGGUGUCCGUACGGCGCCUAUGAAGAUGAGGAUGUAAAUGAAGGCUUACCGAAGCUAGGCGUGUUAGCGAUAACCUGUGGUGAUGGCACACUUAGAACGCUUGUCGUGCCUCAUCCAAAUGCUGUCAGAAAGCACAUGUGUCGUGAUGAUGUGGAUCCACAGGCUACUGUGUACUUGCGUAUAGAGUCAUCCAGAUGUACUUUUGCGCUUGAGGGUACCAAGUCACUUGUGAUAUCGUGGGGUAGUCAUAGAAAGAUAGCGGCUGGCUAUAUCAAUGGUGCUGUUGUUGUUUGGAAUAUGGAGGCAGCGCUUGAAGGCGACGACUCGAAUACGGUGGAAAAGUCCAGGAAAUAUCUCGAGCUAUCGUUCAAUACGCUUGAUGCAAGUGUGAGAUGCAUAACAUGGCGAGGAUUUGAUGACCCCGAUAAAUUGCUGGUUACUGGCUAUGAUGGUAGGCUGGCCAUGCUGGAUAUCAACGACCCAUUCAUUCCAUUCACUUUGCAGAGAGCAAGAGGUAUCAUGUAUGCAUGUGUAUGGCCAGGACACUCCACCAUGAAGGUGUUUUGUGAUGGUGAAAGUAUGCUCCGAGGCAUUUCUAUUAAUGUGGAUGGCUCAUUGUCCCAGACAAAGUUUGGUGAGCUGCCCGGUGUGUGCUGGUCCAUGGCGGCGUCUGAGCAUCACGGUCAAUUCGCAUGCUCAUCUGCGGUUGGAUAUGUCAUCAGUGGCAAUAUAUACCAAGUCAAGAGCAGAGGUCUGACCAACACUACAAAUGGAAUAUAUCGACUCUAUUACGAUGAGGAUAACGACGAGUAUAGAUACGUGGAUGGGAUAGGGAUAUUGAAUAUGCCUGAAUCAAAAGCACUUCCAUCGUUUCGCAUCUAUGGCAAAACCCACAUGGCCAUUCAAAAGGUAGCAGAAACAUGUCAAUUUUCAACAUGUAACACAAACACAGGCACUCAUCAGGGUAAACUAUCUUUUGUAGGUGGUUUGGAAUCCAAAUAA